ACAUAUGGGAGAGGGACGUAGUACCCCUAAUGCUAUAUUAUAUCGAUAGUUUUAUUCAGUUCCACCAUUGAGUUUCUUCUUCUUCUUCAUCAUCCUAGUAAUAAUAGUAGUAGUGUUUGUUUAUUUGAUUCCCAAUUAUGUCAGUAGGAGAGACCAUAGGUGCGAUUUUGGAAACUUUACCAGUGGGAUUCAGAUUUCAUCCCACCGAUGAAGAACUGGUUGAUCGCCAUUUGAAGCCGAAGAUACUGGGCAUGGAUUCCCCAGUAGAAAUCAUCCCUGAGGUUGAUAUCUGCAAAUGGGAGCCGUGGGAAUUACCAGGUUUUUCAGUGUUGCAAACAGAUGAUCUAGAGUGGUUCUUUUUCUCUCCUCUUCAUAAGAAGUACCAAAAUGGCAGUCAAUUCAAAAGGGCAACAAAGGCUGGCUACUGGAAACCCACCGGUUUGGGUCGUGACAUCUUGUCUCGGACCAACAAAGAGGUGAUUGGUACCAGGAAAACUCUGAAUUUCUAUGAAGGCCGUGGUCGUGCUGCUGUGUUGACCAAUUGGGUUAUCUACCAGUAUCAGUAUCAUCGCUCAGAUAUCGCCUCCCUUCCUUCCAAUAGGGCCUAUGUUCUGUGUCGCUUAAAGAGAAAAAAAGAUAAGAAGACAGGGUCCUAUAUACCAACCCCUGAUGAAGCUGUUGCAGGUACUGGGAUUCAUCUGAAUGACCCGGCCAACAACAUGACCUUAGAUGCAGGGCCAAGCCACCAUUUUAGCGAUAUUGCUUCUGAUAUUCGAAAUUAUCAAGUAGAGGAAAUGACUUCAGAUGAGGAUCCUCAGCUACCAGGUUUAUUAAAUGACAUCCCAUUUACUCCACUGGAUUCUGAUUGGUUCUCUGACACAGAGCAAGGACUUGACUUGGAUCUCCCAUCUCCCAGUGACUUUAACAAUAGCUAUGGAAAUAUGCAGUUUGAGGAUGGGGUUGAUACAGAAUUUGCAGAUAGUCUUAUUGUUGAUCCAGAUGAAUACCAUUGUGAAGGAUUAACUGGUCAGAGGAUCUCAGCUGUUGACAGUUGGAACCUAAACCAUGGUUUUGUUGGCAGGCUAUCAGCCCGCCCACAGAGCCCAUUGAAGGGAGUGUAUGGUAAGGGUGGUGGAUCAAGCAGUAACACAAACACUCAAGUGCUCCAAGGUUUCUGUUUGCAGGCCAAAGACAGGGCAGAAUAUGGUUCUGUUAUUGAUCUGCUCCAAAACAAAAACCCCAUCAGAGAGUUCAAAAAAGACAGCGAAGUUACUGAAAAAGCAAAUCCAAAUCUGAGUUCAAUAUGGAAUGAGUCAGUCGGAAUGAAUCAAAAGGGUUCCUUCAGUUCCCCAGAGACAGCUUCUGCAAGCCAUGAGCCAAGUUCCACACCAGGUUACCCUGUCAAUUUACUUGCAGGCAUACUAUUGUUGGUGCUGGACAUCAAUGCAAACAUUUAAAAGCCUUUGCCAUGAGGUGAUAUUAUCACAUUUCAAAAUUCACCCCUUGCUGUACACUCUUUAUUUUUUUCAUUUUUAAAAAGUAGAAACUUAUCUUGUGUUCUCUAGAAGGUACCAACCGGCCAGUCAUAACCAAAAAAAUUCACACAGUGAAGAAGCAUCAAGGAAGAGAAGCAUGUGUGUUUUUUUUUUGGCUACAUGGAGAUAUCUUAAACUCAAGGUUCUGCAAGAAUAGCCUUUACAUAUUUGGCCAUGUUGGUAAAUGCUUUAUAUGGAGUGAGGAUUACUUUCUAUGGAUUUAUAAUUAUGUAUGUUGUCUUUAAGGAUAUUUGAGUGUUACAAGCAGUAUGGAUAGUAGAUGUAACAUUGGUGAAGACUCAAGAGAAGUAAGUGGGUUUUGUAGUAUGGAGAUAUCUUAAACUCAAGGUUGCAAGGAUACUACUUAAGUACUUGGCCAUAGUUUGUAGAUGCAAUAUGUGGAGUGAGGAUCACUUUGUGGAUAAAAACAUAUACGUUUGUUGUACUAGAUGCACAUGUAUGUAAUGUGUUCUUGAUGA